UUUUUUCUUCAUAACUUGAGUACUGAUAAAAAAUGGCAAUUGUAUAUAAUAUUGCAGAAGCAUCACAUGCGGAAGAGGAAAUAGCCCCAGAAUUCAAAGAAAUUCUUAGCUCACUCCCAACAGAAAAAGGCUGGAGAACACCAAAUCUGUACCUAUUCCAGGGAUUUUGGUGCCAGCCAAAAGAGAUUCAGGCCAUAAUUUCUGUUCAGAAUCACUAUAAAGCAAAAGACAGCGAUGUAAUUGUUGCCACAAUUCCGAAAUCAGGCACAACCUGGUUGAAAGCACUGUGUUUUGCCAUAGUGAACAGAGAGAAAUUCGAUUACCAAAAGAAUCACCCUUUGCUCACUUCAAACCCACAUGAACUCGUGCUGUUUCUUGAGUAUAAAUUGUAUGCAAACAAUCAAAUUCCUGAUCUUUCUACGCUUCCGACGCCUCGACUCUUCGCCACUCACAUGCCUCUAGGGGCACUGCCUGAAUCUGUUAGGGAAUCAGAUAGUAAGGUUGUGUACUUGUGCAGGAACCCAUUUGACACAUUUGUUUCAAUCUGGCAUUAUCUUUGUAAAAUAAGGCCUGAAUCUCUGGGUCCCUUGUCUCUUGAAGAAGCCUUUGAUAUGUAUUGCAGGGGUGUUAUAGGAUAUGGUCCAUAUUGGGACCAUAUGUUGGGCUAUUGGCGUGAGAGUAUAGAAAAACCCCACAAAGUUUUAUUUCUAAAAUAUGAGGAAAUGAAGGAAGACACUACCCUUUAUAUGAAGAAAUUGGCUGAGUUCUUGGGAUUUCCCUUCUCUUUGGAAGAGGAAAAAUAUGGAGUAAUUGAAGAAAUAUCAAAAUUAUGCAGCUUUGAGCAUUUGAAAGAGUUGGAAGUGAACAAGAAAGGAAAAGGUGCCAUUGCUCACUUUGAAAACAAGAACUUGUUUAGGAAAGGUGAGGUGGGAGAUUGGGUAAACUAUUUCAGCCCCUCGAUGGUGGAAAGGCUGACCAAUAUCAUGGAAGAGAAAUUAGCUGGUUCAGGUUUGUCCUUCAAAUUGUUCUGAGGGUGGAUCAGCUCAAUAAUAAUUUGACAAAAUAAAUUUAUAGAAAGUUAAAAUAUUGUAAUUGUCUUAAAUACGUCUUUAUGUGCCCCACUUUGUAUAAAUUGUUAAAUAAAUGAGCAUUGAUACUUUAC